AUGACAAGUCGUCCUCCUUUAAUUGGCAUCAAGGUGCUGGAAUUUGCUGGUCUUGCUCCUGGCCCUUAUGCUGGUAUGCUUCUGGCCGAUGCAGGCGCCUCAGUCCUUCGCAUUGACCGCGCAUCGUCCGGUGCAUCGCGUCCGACAGAGGACGUGUUGGCCAGACACAAGGCGUCCAUCUCCGUGGACCUCAAGUCAGAGCGUGGCAUAGCUCUAAUAAAGCGCCUAGCCACAACCUCAGAUGUUCUCAUCGAUCCAUUUCGUCCUGGUGUUCUUGAGAAGCUUGGUCUGGGCCCAGACGUGCUUUGCAACCUCAACAAGAGACUCAUCUAUAGUAGAAUGACUGGCUUCCGUCGCGAUGGAAAGUAUGCACUCAUGGCAGGCCAUGAUAUAAACUAUCUCGCUGUUUCGGGAACACUUAGCAUGCUUGGGAGAGACGGAGAGAAACCGCAUCCACCGAUGAAUAUCCUUGCAGACUUUGCUGGUGGGGGAGCCAUACUAUUCCAAGGAAUCUUGAUGGCUGUCAUAUCAAGACAGUCAUCUGGAUGCGGACAAGUUGUCGAGGCAAACAUGGUAGACGGUAGCUCACAUCUAGCAACCUUUCCUCGGAUGGGACUCAAGACACAGAUAGGGAACAGAGGCCGAGGGAAGAAUCUCCUCGACGGGGGUGCCCCCUUUUACGAUACAUAUGUAACAUCGGACGGGAAGUACAUGGCCGUCGGUGCUCUUGAGCCACAAUUCUUCGCGGCGCUACUCAAGGGUCUUGGACUUGCGAACCAAGGGUGGGAAGAAGACCAACAGGAUAGAACGCGCUGGCCGGAACUGCGCAAGUUAAUGACCGACACGUUCCACAGUAAAAACCGUGCCGAGUGGGAGGCCAUGUUUGACGGUACAGAUGCGUGUUGUACUCCUGUACUGGAGUACAGUGAACUUGAGACGGAUCAUGAUCGGGAGGGUGAUCAACGGCCGGCAGUGACAUUGCGAGAGACGCCGUGCUUAGCUGUGAAGGAGGGUGUUGGGCAUGUCGACCCGGUUCGAUUUGGACAAGGACCUGGUGUACCCGGAAAUGGAUACGAAGCAAAUUUGUUGAAGCCAGGAGCGGGAGGAGAAGAAGUGCUGAGGCGAUGGAUGGGGUGGGAGAACGGAAGGGAGUAUGUGUUGCAUCUAGGGGGUCUAGUGCUGAAAGAGACGUCUAAGUUAUGA